GUCCGUACUCGCUCCCAAUAUUUCAUCUUUCUCUCUUGCUAUUCUUCGAUUAUCCCACCAUAGAACCAUCAAGAUAAGGGUUUAAACUUUAUUGUUUGGUUUGCGGACUCUGCAUCCCUUCCCCUUCUUUCUUGUGCAUCAAUGGCGGACUCUGCAGUUUCACUUGACAAGGUCAAAGGCUUCUUGUACGCCCAGUACAACGACGAGGAGAAGUGGGCCCUUAACGUGGUAGGAGAGAGGAGGCGGCUUUCUUUCUCGGCCAAGACCCAACAUCGGAACUGUGGCAAUGGAAAUGGAGAUCCGCCGUUGCUCUUGUCAGAAACCCUCGCCGAAGGUUUAGACACGUCGCUGAUCUCGUUAAGCGUUCCGAAGCUCAGAAGAAGAGGAAGAGUAUCCAGUAAGGAAAAAAACAAUGGAGAAGAUUUCUGUGCUCUCCUUUCUAUUAGAUCUGAGCUUUACAUUCUUUAUUAUUUUCUCGGUACCCAAACAGUGAGGAAGGAUAGUCUCUGAUGAUGAGUAAAAGUUUCUCUGUAUUUUUUGGGCGAGUUUCUUAAACUAGGAAAAUCGUGAAAUAUAGCAGUAAAUGGAUGUUUGGCAUUGAAAAGUACGGAGAAAACUAUGCAGUUUUUUCAAAGAAUUUGUUGUUCGAAAAUUUCUUAUUUCUGUAAAGUUAAUUUGUUAUAAUGGGAUAUAUUGUAAUCUUUUUGUUAUUGGUUGUUCUAUAUUUGCGCCAUUUUUAUGGCUUUGGCGCCUUACAA